GGUGCAACUCUUACGUCACUAUUCAAUGUAGCUAGCUAGCAGCGUCUAGCAACAGAAAUAGCGCAGUAUGUGAGUUUUUUAUUUAAAACGAAGAGAUAAUUAUUCGAAAAACAAUGAAGGCUUUAUUGUUUACUGCGCAUAAGAUAACAGAGACGUUGUGUUUCUUAUUGGGCCUCCUGGUUUAGCUGAACUUUCUCGACUUGUCUUAAGGUUCAACUUAACGUCAGCAGGGAUGUCGGGGGUGAGGUGUGGAGAUGAUGUCUCAGAUUACCUGAGGCAGAACCCUCAGCUGGCCCAGUGGGUCGAGUCGUUUCGGGGCUACUGUGAGAGCAACAAGCAGUGGUCUGCUCGGAGGGAGUUCAUACUGAGAAACAUGGAGGCUUUCCCCACUGUGAAGCCGGGGACUUCCAGCAGCAGUUUGGACAAGCUGCUGUCUCUGUCCAUGGUCUGGGCCAACCACGUCUUCCUGGGCUGCAGUUAUCCACAGGCUGUCAUGGACAAGAUCAGAAAGAUGGGCGAGGGAAUAGCUGUCCAAGACCCUCCUGUUCACAAAACCACAAAAGAUGGAAUCAUGAGCAGAGGAAAGCGGAGCGCCACAGAUGAGGGAGAUGCUGACAGCUGUGUGAAGCGAGCCAAAGCUGCGCCUAAUGAGCUGAAUGCGGCUUGGAACAUGACUCAGAAGUCCGGGCCGCCUCCUCAGGCUCCAGCAGAGCACCAGCCCUUCUUCAACCGCCUCUAUAAGGCUGUGGCGUGGAAGCUAGUGUCGGCGGGGGGCUUCGGUCCCAACCUUGACCACUUUGAAAUCCUGCGGAGCUGUGUGGAAUCGUGCAAACAGACCUUGACGUGCGUAUUUGUGCCGCUGAAGGACAUUGCGGGUCUCCCCGCAGGCCGCACUCAGAAGGACGGCCAUGUGUGUGAAAUCCGCUGUCAGAUGGUCUACAUGGGAACAGGAUAUGGGCGAGAUGAGUCGGCCGCCAAGGCCAUGGCUUCUAAAGAAGCUCUGAAAGUCUUUCAGGGGCGAAAGGUGACAGUAAAGAUCUGCAGGCGGCGGUAUAAAGGGAGGGACGUGGAGGACUUGGUUCUUCUGGACGAGCUGCCUCGAAGUCAGGGCUUCCCUCCAGCGCUUAGCUACCCAUUUCAGGACGAGCAGCUCGAACACACCUCUUCAUAGAGAACCUGGAGACAUGGCUGUUAGUUACCAGACCACUUUGUUUGAACCUGGAUUCAUCUCAGAAGGCAGAUGUGCUUCCAGCUUUGCUUCGGUUCCAGAACAAAUAGCUAAACAUGUUUGCAGGAAAGCUGAUCUAAAUGUCCAAAAAUCCAGAACUGGACCAGUUCAAAGGCUCAAUGAAAUUCCAUGUUGUUUAGUUUCUUCUUGUCUCGGUUUUUACAUCCUGUUAGGAGCAGGAAUGAUACAUUUUCACCCAAUAAUUUAUUACAGACUAAAGCUUUAUCCUGGUGAGUGUUUUUAGUCUAACCAAUGCCUCUCUGAGGAACUGAUUUACAGGCUAAGUCUGUGUUCAUAAGCCAAGUAGAAAAUAAUCUGUUACUUUAGCUUUUGUUUCUAACAGUUUCAGCUUUUUUUAUGUGGUUAACCCGACAGAAAACAUCAAUCUGAAGCAGCAUUGUGAUUUAUUUUGAAUUUAAAAGUUUUACAUAGUUCUUUCUCCUUUGAUUCUAGUUCUGUAGAACCAUUUCAUUUUAAUGCCUUUUUCAUUUAACCGGUUGCUGUACUACCCUGUCCUUCCCUUGUCAUCUGCACUUUAAUUAUUUCUGAUCAGAAUUGGACCCCUUUGGUGCCACUGAAGUAAUUUUUUUGUCGCAGUUUAUAAAACAAAAGUUAAAGGUGCAAAUAUUUGCGUUGAUGAAAUUUUAAUGAUGACGCAAGGGUCUCGACUCAUUUCAGAUUCUCUUAAAUCUGAAAGAUUUCCAUAGGAAUCUGAUGAGGUGAAAACACUGAGGAGGAAGAAACGCUCGACUGAAGGGUUUUUAAUGCAGGGAAAUCUCUCCGCUUUUGUUUUCCUAGAUUCCUGGAUGCUUACGGUAGCUGUGUUACUGUACAUUGAAUGAUUAACCUUCUGUGACUUUUAUUUGAUUUCAGAAUAAAAUGUGUGAUAACAUUGUUUUGAGAUUUGUGAUGUUUAACAUGGUGAGCUAGAAUGCUGUUUUUUUGUCACAGAAUUUAUAGGAAAGAUGCUCUACAGGCAGAGGUUUCAAGUAACAAUACAAAUGCUUUACCUCACUUAAUUAGAAGUCUUUACUGUAUUAUUUAUAUUUUACACAACUUUUUAUUUCUAAAGUUAAAUUUUUUUGCAAUUAUCUCUACUUUCUACUCCUUAGAAUUUAAAAACAUGCUUGUUAGUUUUGUUUCAUUUUAGCCCAUUUCCGUUAUGGCCUGUUGGUAUUAAAAAAAUAAAUACAAAACAUAAAAAUAAUUAGUUUUAUCCAGAUCAUUUCUUUUUGGUUGUACUCUGCACUGCACCAACUUGUUGUUUGCCACAUAUCAAAAUAAAUAGUUUUUCAAGAUGAUGCUGAGUUCAAUUUGACACUGUUGCCAUUAGUUAAACAAUUAAGUAGAAAAAGGGUUAUGGUCCAGAAUUGUAGAACAUUUUUUCCUUUAAUAGGACAGAGCAGUAAAGCAUCUCUCUUUAAUAUUUUUCCUGCGUUACUUUCACCUUUUUUAACUUAAAGUAGUUUUAAAAAUGUUACUUCUACACUUUUACUUGAGUAAAAUCUUAAGUUGAUACUCUUUACUUUUACAAAAGUGUUUUUAAGCAGUAGGAUUUAUACUUCUACUUGAGUAAUACACUUGAAUACUUUUGACACCUCUGCCUACAGGGUAAAGUGCUGCUGUGAAGUUUGCUUUGUGGCUUUUGUUCCAGUUGGUUUGAUGUCGAAGAAUUUGCUUCAAGGAACAACCGUGGUGUUAGUGUGUGUUUACACCUGUGCUCCUGUUUCUAAAUAUUUUUAAAUAAAAUUUAACAAAGAAAGACAA